GGGCACAACGGCAGGGUAGCCGUUCGGUCGGUGGGGCCGAGCGGAGCUGUGCGAACGCUCUUUUCACGAGGUAAACUAAACCGUAUGCGAUAGAGUCUCCGGGGAUCGACGAGAAACCGGCCGCGACGGGUAAACAAAAGAGAUGGACCGCCUCGAGAGCGUCCCGACGACAACCUGAAAUAAGUGAGAAAACCGUUGGGACCUAGUCCUUUCUUCGUGCCUCGAUAAUUCAUCGAAUUGUUGGGAGGAGAGAGGAAACAACUGAGAGGAAUAUUAAUUCACUUCUCUUUUUGGAGGCUCAAGUGUGGAGGAUGGCUCGACGUGAUUUCCAGAGUGGAUAAUCCCACCAGGAAGUGAUAAACUCUCGACGAUAAGUGAUAAGGAUUUUUCGUUGAAAGUAUGGAGAAAAAAAUGAGGAGAGAAACGUCGAUUAGGAUCGCCGAUACUGUGGAUAAUACAGCGGGGAAAGUGUUUGAGUACAAUGUAAACAUGAGUGUCUCCUUAUCGAACAGCAAGAGAUCAAAGAUUUUCCAAAGAACCCAGAGUUUAGUUAUUGUUUUAAUGACUGUUGCAUUUUUUUUACUGUUUUCACAACUCAGGAGGGAGGUGCGGGCUCUGGAGGCACAGAUGAAUUCAAUGAAUUCGAACCUGGUGAUCCUAAUGCUGCGAUACGAGAGACUAAACAGGCUAAAUCGCCUGAACUACUACCGUAAACCCCAGGGGAUCCCUGCUGAGUCACCCGCCAAACUCAUCAUCGAUUCCGAUCAUCGUAAAGAUGAAAUAAAAAGGGACGAUGAGGAUCACUCGAGUGAGGGCCCAGGCAAACUGCAUCCGGGGAGAUUCGAAAGAUCGGUUGUCAUGUUUGACAGCAAUAAUGUCACUGAUGUGGCUACAAUCAGUGAUAAUCAGGGAGUUUGGAGUGAUGCACGUGGGGGUCGAGCUAAGAGGGAGGAGGUCAGAGGUAAACAACGAAGAAAGAUCAAACGGAGGCCUAAACGCAGUCGCAGGCGAUUGGGUCCUUUGGUGGCUACGUUUGUCGGUGCUGUGCCUGAGCAACACGUCACGGAUACAGGUAUUUACAUUGGGCCUUGGGUGAAACGCAAUGAGACUCGAUAUGGUUUCAAUAAAUUCCAUCUGGUAGAGGACAAACGAUCCAUUGAAGUCACUGCCAAUGGACUGUACAUGAUCUCAGCUCAAAUUUAUUACUACGGGGAAAAAACUCAUUACUCUUACUGGAUAUUACUGAGCUCCGAGGGUUCUUCCACAACGAGGAAAAUUAUAAAAUGUGCGACUGUGUCAGCUGUAUCUGCCACUGAAGCUUCGUGCCACACUAGUGUUAUUCUACCACUCAGGCGGGGUGACAGGCUACAUAUACAGCAGCAAGAACGUAAUCGACUAAUCAACCUGAGGGAGGGCCACAGCUACGUCCAGGUGAUGCUCCUGUCCAGCGACCAGCAAAAGAGAAGAUUGACCACAUGAUACCAACUAGUCCUUUCAUCAUCAUAAGCAUCUCGUUAUUUUUCGUAUUCUAAGGAUUUUUUCUUCUGUAACUAGGGAAGUAUGAGCCGAGAGUGACCUCACAAUCACGUCCCCACAAAAAAUACAAGUCUCAAUAGAUUCCACUUAAUUUCCCCCAAAAUUAUCAACAAACAGAGCAGUCGUCCACCUACUGGUCACCUCACCUCCAAAAAGUUCAGUAGUUCUCAGCCAUUACGAUUCAGCUGCGUUGUGAUUACCUCGCCAUAAAUGAGAAAACAUUCAGUCAUGUUCUAAUUGUAAUUUCCUACAUCUCAUGACAACUUAAGCAUAAAGACUGUCACGAGCACAAAAAAGGAUCAAACAAUCUCUACGUCAUAUUUUUCGUAAAAAACAAAACAAAACACAUGACAAAUAAAAAGGAUUUUUUACCGUUUAAUAUCUUUAUUUUACUU